AUGAUUCUUACCCCUGCCAGUCUUCGCACAGAGUUAAGAGCACGACAAAUCAGAAAGAGCAUUGCAAAGGCAAAAGAACGCCGUGACAACCCCAAGAAAGAAUUCUGGCUCAAGAAGGUCAUAGUAAACUUCUGGCUUCCGUUGAGUAGCAAAAUCCCCUUUGUGAACUCCAUCAAGGAAAAGCAUCGCGAGAGACGAGCUGCCAGAGGCCCAUUCCAGCCAACCCCGAUGCCGCUUGAACAUGGCUUCGCUUACGCAUAUGCGACCCAAAAUGCCCCUGACCAAGACCCUGAUACCGACAGGUACAGCGAGGAAAGUGGAAGAGACAGUUUGGUUUCAGAUACGUCGUCUGUGAGGGAAGACAUGUUCCACCUGGACGGGUUUGAUAUUGUGGGCAACUGGAGAGAAUUCGAGAGACGAAUGGGUGCUAGUUAUAAUUAA